AUGCACAUUGAGAAGAAUGUUUGCGAUAGUAUCAUUGGUACAUUGCUGGAGAUCCCUGGAAAAAAUAAAGAUGGGAUUGCUGCUCGAUUAGAUUUAUUGAACAUGGGGGUCAAAACUGAUUUGCAACCCGAGUAUGGAGAAAGACGUACUCGUUUGUCUCCCGGGCCUUGGAAUUUGUCAAGAGCAGAGAAGAGAGAGGUUUGCAAUUCUUUCUAUGGUAUGAAGGUCCCUGAAGGUUAUUCUUCAAAUAUAAAAAAUCUUGUAUCUUUACAAGAUUCAAGACUUCUUGGCCUUAAAUCACAUGAUUGUCAUAUCUUAAUGCAGCAAUUGCUCCCUGUGGCAAUUCGUUCUGUUUUGGAGAAGCCUGCAAGGUAUGCAAUAACUCGUUUGUGCUUCUUCUUCAAUGCUAUAUGUGCAAAGACUGUUGAUGUUUCCAAGCUAGAUAAGUUGGAAGAAGAUGUAGUAGUUACUUUGUGUUUGCUUGAGAAGUACUUUCCCCCUUCAUUCUUUGAUAUCAUGGUUCAUCUAGUAGUACAUCUUGUAAGAGAAGUUCGUCUGUGUGGGCCAGUAUAUUUUAGAUGGAUGUAUCCGUUUGAAAGAUAUAUGAAAGUGCUAAAAGGGUAUGUUCAGAAUCGUACUCGUCCCGAAGGUUGCAUUGCUGAGCGGUAUAUAGCUGAAGAAGCUGUAGAGUUUUGUACCGAGCAUUUAUCUGAUGUUAGUACAGUUGGAGUGCCUUCAAGCCAAAAGAUGGGAGUUUCAAAGCCAUUAUCAGGUUGCACAGUGAGCGUAGUUGAUCGGGACCUGUUGAACCAAACACAUCUAUAUGUCUUGGAGAAUACGGAGGAAGUCUUACCUUAUAUCGAGCAACAUAUGAUCCACAUCCAUACCGCUUAUCCAAAAUUUAGAAAGAGAACAAAGUGGCUGCAGGAUAAGCACAAUAGCACUUUCAUUCAAUGGCUACGCUUCAAGGUUCAAAGUGAACUUAAUGAGGAAGACAAUCAUGGCGUAUCAGAAAAUUUAAGGUGGCUAGCAGCUGGUCCAAACAUGGCAGUGUCAUUAUAUAGGAGCUAUCUCAUUAAAGGUAUUAAAUUCAACAUCAAGGCACAAGAUGAUGUGCGGACAACUCAAAAUAGUGGAGUUUAUUUACUUGCACAUACUAUGCAAGUUGCUAGUGCCAAGGAUAAAAACCCAAUUCUCUCAAAUAUGGGUUUCUAUGGUGUCAUUCAAGAAAUUUGGGACCUUGACUACCAAAAGUUUACAAUCCCAGUCUUUAGGUGUGAUUGGAUUGAUAAUACUUCUGGUCUUGUAGUGGACGAACUUGGAUUUAACCUUGUAGAUUUGAGUAAAAUUGGACAUAGGAAUGACCAAUUUGUUUUGGCUUCUCAAGUCAAACAAGUAUUUUUUGUUGACGACCCGAUGCAUCGUGGUUGGUCGGUAGUGUUAUCAAUGCCUAAUAGAGAAUAUAAUGAUGUUAUUGGUGAUGAUGUCUUAGGUGAUGUGAGAAUUGAGUGUGAGCCAUUUACUAGGGGGAUGCCAAAUGUUGACACAUUUGAUGAAGUGGUGGUUGAGUUAGGGAGUCAAAAUAUUCGAGAUGGGUGUGAAGAUAUAUGGGUUGAAUGA